CGAGGGCGGGACUCGAGGGCACGCAACCGCAAAGGCAUGCGUCGCCCUUUGUAACCCCGAUCAGGGCUGCGCGAGAGGCGGCAACAGAAGACGCGCAAGCACCGCCCCAGCCCCUCCGGCUGCCUGCGAACAAGAACAGCCUCCCACGCCACAGGCAGGUAGCAGGAGCAAUGCACCCCGGGGGCUAUCGCCGCAGCCCGGUUCUUCAAGUCGGCUGUCACCGCCCCGUCCUCCUCCGGAACCAGCUCGCCGCCUUCCGCGCAAGGAACCUUUGUGCUAAUAUGACUCUCACACUGCUGCACAGCUUCGACAAAGAUGAAAUUCUUGGCUGGUCACCUGUCCGUUUCGCAGAGGAAACGGAGCAUUGGGAGUCUGUGGAAAUGAUUCUUAUUGAAGGAGCCUCUAUGAGUGACUUAGCUGUGACAAAGAGGAAGCUACAGGACUCGGAACGUGCGGCACUGAUCUUUGGCGAGCUCUGCAGGCGUAGGCUGGUGAGACUGCUCACCUUCGCCCUUCAACAGAGCCCUGGUCUGGUGCAAGCUGAGCUGCCGCUCAACCGUUCCCCACUACACGAAGCGGCCCACUCUGGCUGCCCAGCAACUGUCCGCUGUCUCAUCGCAGCAGGCGCUGUGGUCAGUGCUGCCGAUGACCACGGUAUGACUCCACUACACGAAGCAGCAGCCCACUCCAACGACUUCACCGUGCGCAUACUUCUAGAUGCUGGCGCUGUUCCUGACACCACAGACAAUGGAGGGAGAACGGCCCUGCACUAUGCAUCCAGAAGUGGUUCCGCUGCCUGCAUCCAGCUUCUGCUGGCAAAGGGUGCGACUGUGGACCAUGUAAGUGCUGAUGGCUGUACUGCUCUCCACGAGGCCGCCACCAGCCCCAGUGCCCACGCUGUCCGCUUGCUGCUGGACGCUGGUGCUGACAAACAUGCAAAGUCUGCUUCUGGCUGGACAGCUCUACACUGGGCCACCAGCAGGGGUCGACUGUACGCUGUUAUGAUCUUACUGGAAGCUGGCAUUAGUGUGGACGUGAAGACAGUGGAUGAGGAAACGCCUCUUCACCUUGCAGCAACUCUCACAUCGUGCGAUGUUUGGGAGGCUCUCGUCAGGGCUGGAGCAGAUGAAGGAGCUGUGGACAAGAAUGGUCGGACGCCAAAGGAACGAGUUGCAGAUAAGUCAGUGCCUAAUGUUGUAGGGUGUGACAUUGGUGGAACAGGCACCAGCGAUAUAUCACCAAACCAGUCUCAUAUUCCUCUGGGAGCGGCAAAUGAUGCUCCAUUGAUAUCCAGUGAUAAUGUCUGUGAUUCAGAGAAUCUCUCUGCUGAAGAUUCAGUUGUGCCACUAAGCAGUGCAUCACCAAAUUCUACAACACAACAAGCAGUAACAACAACUGCUGAAGAAGAUAAAGGAACAGGUGUAGAGGGUGCACCAUCAGUUUCCGGUCAAACAGCAGACAAUAAGGGUAGUUUAUUGUAUGAGACAUCAAGCAAUAGUAUCUGUGUGUCUGAGGAACUAACUGCUGAAAAUUUUACAGUGCCUUUAAGCAGUGUGACACUAAAUUCUACAACACAACAAACCGUAACAGACUUCCAAGAAGAUGAAGGAGCAAGUGUAGAGUGUAUGUCAGCAGUUUCUAGUCAAAGAACAGACAGCAUGCAUAGUUCAUCGUGUGAGGAAUGCAGUGAAUUGAGUGAUGAAACAGGGAGUGCUGAUGAAACAUGUAGUGGUGAGCUACUGGAGAGUGCUGAAGAAACAGACAGUGGUGAUGAAACAGCGAGUGAUGAAGAAACGGGCAGUGAUGAUGAUAUAGACAGUGAUGCAGAUGAAGAAGAUGGUUCUUCCUACAUCAGCUCAGCAAAUGAAGAAAUAGAUAAAGUCUCAGAAAGAGGGUCAGUUAAGGAACUUUUCUCCCCUAUUCUGACAACUAAUACAAUAAUGUAUUAUGAGGGACCUCCAUUGUUCCAUACUUUGGGAACUGUUGGCACUUCCUCAAAAUACAACCAACAAGCAGCAAAAUUUCAAGGAAAAUUUAGAGGAAGAGGACGCGGAGCUCCUAGAGGUACUCGUGGGAGUGCAGCAGCAUAUACCACCAGAUCAGUGGCAUCAACAUCAAGACAAGAAAAUGUCAGUGAAUCUCCACAUUCAAAAGGAAGUAGACAGCGUGGUAGGAGCAAUGAGAAAGGAAUCAGAAGAGGAAAUUUUAAUGGUUCUGUAUAUCAACAUGCAAGAAGGCAAGGUGAUGGAAAUUGUGGCCAACCAAAUACAGUUCUGUUUGGAGGUGGAUUAAUCCAGCCACAUACUAAACAACAACCUAGUGUGAGAGAUGACUAUAAGAACAGAGAGCCUCAUACGGCAGAAGACAAGAAAAACAAAAAGAUAAAACACCCAAAAUCUGUAUCAAAACAGCAAGGAGAUUGUAACGCGGAACACAAGAAGCAAAAACUACCUGAUUCCCAGCAUGGUGUAGGUCAUCACAAAAAAAGACAUGGUGAAAGUCACCAUGGCAAUCAGCGUGUUGAAGGUUACAGUAAUCAAAACAGUGAAGGUCAUCAUGGUAAUCAACAUGGUGGAAGUCAUUAUGGCAAUCGACAUGGCAAAGGGCAUCAUAGUAAUAAAUAUAGUGAAAGUCAUAGCAGUAAUCAAUAUGGGGAAACUCAUAAUGGUAAUCGACAUGGUGAUGGCCAAAGGGGUAAUCAACAUGGUGAAGCUCAUUACGGUAAUCAGUCUGGUGGUCACCAUGGUAAUGGUCAUUAUGCUAAUCGACAAGGGGAAAGUCGGGCUGGUAAGUGGAAUGGUGCAGGCCGUGGUGGUAAGAGCCAUGGGAGAAGUCGAGGAGGUAAGAGUUGAUAAGUUACUGAGUAGAUGGGUUGCUGCUAAGUAUAUCAUAAACAUAAGCUGAGAAUAAAAAGAGGAAUACACUACUGAAUCUACAGCAAACUAGUGUACAGUUGCUGCAACUGUCAAUACAGUAGGCAGCUGUGGUAUAAUGGACUUUGAUUUUAAUAUCUGUACACAAUAAAACAUUUACAUGUACAUUGGAAGAAAGAAUAUAGACAAUGUCUAGUAGGAAACAUCAGAGUGAUGAACAAUGAUAAGCUGCAGUUUUUAUUGUUGCAGAAUUUGUGCUUCAUGCACAAAUGUGUUAGAGGGGAGGACUGAUGCUGCAGAUCUCAGAGUUGAAUACUCCACUGGGAACACUCCUCUGGGUGUAAAGAACAAUGUAAGAAUGUCACCAGAUCCAACUGUGAAUGUGUGUGUUAGUGAUGAUAUAACUACAUUAAGACGGAUAAAUGGAACAUCCAAUUUAUUUUAAUGUGUGGAAACUGCUGUUUCCUGUCGAGGUCAUUCCUGUACAUGAGGCAUGUCAGGUGGUACAAUACUAUGGAUUCCAUGUUAAAAACUUAACAGGUUCUGUAAGCUGUCUCACAGCUGUGAAGAGGGCAAAGUUAUAUGAGCACUAUUGGGUUCAAGCAAGCUUUGAGAUUUAUGGUUGCUGUAAUUUUUGCUUUUCAAACAAGUAUUUUUUCUAAAUAAAACUAAAAAAGAAACUUUUUAUAAAAAAAGCUUCUAAAACACUUUUGUGCAUUCACAGUGUGUAUGUAUGUAAGUGAGAUUAUACAAUGACUGCCUGCUGUGACAUAUGUGCUGAAUAUUUGCUCAGACUGUAGCCAUUUUCACAUGAAACAUUUGUGUUUCAGAAAGGGGACAUGACUGAAAUCUUGGCAUAACAGAAGUGACCCAUCUUAGACAAAUGUACAUUUACUGGUGCCUGACUAGUACCACAUACAUGAGUAUGUAGGAAACAUGCUACUAUAGGACAAAUCAUAAAUGAGAGUAAGUUUUUACCUCUGGAUAUUACUGAAGGAUAGUUUUAUGUAAUGUGCUAGCAAGGAGCAGUUCAUGUUUUGUACUGCUGUAAUUUAGGAUGAUGUUAUUCUGAUAUUAAGUAAACAUGAUUGUGGAAUCUAAAGAUCACAGUGGAACUCUAUAUCUUUCUUUUUUGUUCAUGGGAGGCUUUUGAAACUUUUACCAGCAAUAACACAGUUUUUGGGAUCUGGAAUUCCAUAUGCACUCUCAAGACUGGAUUUAAUUGGUGUACUGAAUGAUUAGUUAUGCGUUGUUGAAAUAUUUGUGUAAAUAUGAUAAGUAGAAUGUCCUGAGGGGAGUAAAGGUAACAACUCACCCUGUAGUUGAGGCAUUGAGCAGUUGAUAGGCACAUAAACAAGAGUGAAAAUGUGACUACAUUCUACAUUGUACUGGCUCUGCAGCUCUGAAGAGGAACAUUAUCCGAACACCUAGCAACAAUUUCAGCAUUUGUAUGUCUCUCAUCCAUGCCUUGUCUACACAUUGAUUUUUGUAUCUUUAAACCUUCCAUGAUAUAUUAGUAUGUUUAGUGUGUUUAAUGUGCUAUUUUUCCAGUAAAUAGCUUACUGCAUUUUUUUAUGUGUCCGUGACCAUUUAUUUUGCUAUGUUUAUUCUAUGGUAUUUAAUUUUCAUUUGUUUACUCAAUUUUGUGUGAUGUGUAAUAGUUUUUUAAUUCUCAUUUUGUUGGCUUA